AUGCGUCAUGAGGCGCAGAUGCACAUUGUUAAAAAGAAACGAAGAGUUCGUAUUUCCAAAAAUCUAAGUAUCAUUCAUUCUUGGAACAUUAUUGGACCGAUUGUCGCUCAAGAAAUUGGGGCAGCCGAUUACACUCCGAUUCCAUAUUGCUUCGACACUAACGCGUAUCAAAUUGGACAUAUUUUUGUGCCAGUUGACACGCAGAUAACAUGUUUCCGCGCCGUGCCGGUUUUGAAGAUGCUAGGACCGAUUCGCGAUUUUGUAGUGAAGGCCGAGACAAACUUCAAAUGGCUGGAUAAAGGAUUUCACAGUGUGCGAACGCCCGGCGAUCACGUGGAUUUUCGGGUAAUUCUUCAGCGUGGAAAAAAUAAAAUCAGUUUUACAGGUCACAAUUGUUGUUUUCUCAGUAAAGCACACGAUAUGGUGGUUCCCGGAAACGUGACGAUAAAUCGCACAGCUCACGAAAGUAAAAUGUCGAAAUUAUUUAAUCGAUAUUUAGCAGCUUAUAUAUUGCUAACUUUUAGAUUAUUUAAUACUAAAUGGAUCGGAUUGAUAACAAACGUGGUUAUUACAAAAGUGUUUGAGUUUCAUAUUGUUAAAGAUUUACGUGAGAGAACGGUAUACAUAGGCGAUAAUGAGCACACUAUUCUCUUUAAAUAUGAAAUAUGUAAAAUUGACGAGAAUGGAACCGUAGUAAAUUCGGAAAUGAAGAAAAUACGCUGCAAAUGGCUACCGAUAGGAGAUAAGGAAUCAGACAAACUUCCAUUAAACGAAUUUCCAAGUACGCGCAAUAAAUAA